AUGCACCGCCACCACCAACCCCCUGCGGGCUCGCCGCCGGCGCACUCGGGAGCAGUUCCGCCCCCAGUCCCAUCGCCGGAAGUCCAAGCACCGUCCACCUCCACUGAUGGUGCCCGUAUCGUCACGUUGGAAGGUGACAUCACCACAUUGAGGGGCACGGUCAACCGGAUGGCUUCUAACAUGACUGAGCUCAUCAUGGCCUUGCUCAGGGGCCCAAACCGAGCCUCAUCGAGCUCUACUCCACCUCCGGGGUACGGGCCAACAGUCGACCUGAACCCUUGGGUCCCACCAACCCAUGCUCCGGAGAGUGGCGAAGCGCUCGCAAUGCACGCACCGGCAGUCCACCCGGUCAACAUUCCUCCGCCACCGGUGACGCUCCCGGCGGCCGUUCCUCCCCCACCGUCGGACCCAACUAUGCUAGCACCGCCGCCGAUGUCUAUACCAGUUCCGGCUCCAAUUUACGCAGCUCCUCCGCCGAUGGUCUUCCCGGCACCGAACCCCUACGCUCCUGCUCAUACAUUCAAGCCUCUCCCAUUCCAAGCUCCACAACCCCAUAUCAGCUUCUCCUACCCAGCCCUACCUCCCAUAAAUAUCCCUGCCUUUAAACCGGGCACGCCAACUCAGGCGGCCUUCGCUGCUCCACCAACAAACUGUCUCUUAGAGACGGAGGCCGAGCAGGAGCAGAGAUUAAAGAAGAUGGAAGAGAACAUCAGAGCUUUACAAUCAGACGGCUCCCGCCUAGAUGCCGGCGACGGCGAUUGGAGUCUUUUCCCGGGUAUGCGGCUACCCUCGAAGAUUAAGGUGCCUGAAUUCCAAAGGUACGACGGCGCAACAGACCCUCGUCACCAUCUCCGUCACUAUAGAGGAAAAAUGCUGCAGUACUGGGACUAUGAAGAGCUUGUCAUCCACACGUUGCAGGACAGUUUUGCGGGAGCAGCUCUUGACUGGUACAUGUCACUGAAAGCAGCGGAUAUCUCCACAUGGGCGAACCUCUCGAGCAAAUUCAUCGACUAG